AUGCUCGGCCUGCGACGCAACCGAGGGACGCGGACGGCCGCCGACGCUGCCGACGCCGCGACGGUGGCCACUUCGGAUGCGGGUCGCCUCAGCGACGGAUCGCUCGACAGCGAGGUGGCCAAGAUGGCCGCAGAGAUGGGCGUCGAUGCAUCUUACGAGCGCAAGGUCGCGCUCCUCAACAAGGCCAUCAAGGACGAAAUCGGCUUCGGCAAGUUUCAGCUCUGGGUCACGUUCCUCGCAGGAGGCGGCUGGGCCAUCGACAACUUCUGGUUCCAGGCGCUCGGCAUGGGACUGCCGCAGAUUGAGCUCGAGUUCGAGCCGGAGCAUAUCCAGUUUGCCGCGCUGGCCCUCUACUCUGGCCUCCUCGUCGGAGCCACCGUGUGGGGCAUCCUGUCGGACAUCAUCGGCAGGAAGGUCUCGUGGAACGUUACGCUGCUCCUCUCGGGCAUCCUCGGCGUCGCCGUCGGAGGCGCGCCCAACUUUGUCGGCCUCGGAGGUCUGCUCGGCGCGCUGGGUGUCGGCGUCGGUGGCCAGCUGCCCAUCGACGGAGUGAUGCUCAUCGAGUUCCUCCCGGCCUCGCACUACUGGAUCCUCACCUUCCUCUCGGUCUUCUGGUGCCUGGGCCAGCUCUUCGCCGCCGUCAUGGGCUGGGCCUUCAUCACCAACUUCCGCUGCGAGACGGCCGACGCCUGCCCCAAGAGCUCCAACAUGGGCUGGCGCUACACGUGGUUCGUGCUGGGUGGCGUCACCCUCGUCAUGUGGGCCGCCCGCUUCUUCAUCUACCCGAUCCCCGAAUCGCCCAAGUUCCUCAUCGCCAACGGGCGCGAUGAAGAGGCGCUCGAGGUGCUGCGCUUCAUCGCGAAGGAGAAUGGCAAGACGACCACGCUGACGCUGGCGCAGCUCAAGGCGGCGGGCGAGGGCGCCACCUAUGCCAACAAGCAGGGCGACGAGGAGGCGGCCCGCGGACUCGACGCCACGCCGGACGAGAAGACGGAUGCCAAGCUCGAAGCCGAGGUUCAGCUCGAGCAGGUCGACAAGGUCGAAUCAUCCUCGCCUCUCCAGCGGGCCGACAGGGUCAACCUGCAGCAGCUGCGCCGCUCCCUCAGCCAGUUUGACACCUCGCACAUCCGGGCGCUCUUUUCGUCGCCAAAGAUGGCGUGGAACACGUCCUUGAUCUGCUUCCUCUGGGGCCUCAUCGGCCUCGCCUACCCGCUCUACAACGUCUUCGUGGCUCUGUACCUUAAGAACGCCGGCGCAGCGUCGGGUGGAUCGUCGCAGGCCGAGCAGUACCGCGACCUGGUCAUCAUCGCCGCGUGCGGGAUCCCCGGCUCCUUUUUCGCCGCGGCCAUGGUGGAGCUGCCCUACGCCGGCCGCAAGGGCACCAUGGCGCUCUUUACGCUGCUGACGGGCGUCUUUCUCUUCCUCUUCACCACGGCACGGACGCCUCAGGCGAUCCUGGGCUGGAACUGCGCCACGUCGCUCAGCCAAAACGCCAUGUACUCGGUGCUGUACGCCAUGAGCUACGAAGUCUUCCCGGCGCCCCACCGAGGCACCGGCGACGGCCUAGCCAUGGCGACCCAGAGGGUGUUUGGCGUCGCCGCACCCGUCGUCGGCGCCUUUGCCGGCGACAAGCCGGACAAGCCCAUCUACAUCUCUGCAUCGUUCUUUAUCGCCGCCGCGGCCCUCAUGCUCUUCCUGCCUUACGAGACUAGGGGCCGCGCCGCUCUGUAG